CCAUUCUACUAUCACCCGCACGAGUCGCUCCUCCCCUUCCUCUCCGACAAAUAUCUCGCCCUCCUGGCACCAAUAGCAGUCUACUGGCUAGUCUCCCUGUGGUUCACCUUCCUAGACGUAGCCCGUAUCCCCUUCUUUGAACAAUACCGAUUGCACGAGCCGGAAGAGGUCAGCAAACGCAACAAGGUCUCAGCGAGGAGAGUCGUCGCGUUGGUUCUGCUGCAGCAAGUCGUGCAGACUGUUCUGGGCGUCUUCGUCCUCGAGGAUGAGGAGACGGUGAGGGCGCAGGUCUUUCAGGAUCAUGGCGAGAAUAUGGAGAAAUUGGGUCGAGUGGUCGCACGGGUGGUGCACGGCACUGUUGGAUACCAGAGCGGCUUGGGACUGUUGGAGCGAUACGGCGUCGAAGCGGUACAGUGGCUGUAUUGGUGGGGGCUGCCAAUUGUUCAGUUCUGGUGGGCCUUCUUCGUCAUGGACGCCUGGCAAUACGCUCUGCACAGAGCCUUCCACGAGUCCCGCUUUCUCUACCGCCACUUCCACUCUCAUCACCACCGCCUCUAUGUCCCCUAUGCCUUUGGGGCGCUGUACAAUCACCCGCUGGAAGGGCUUCUCCUUGAUAGCGCAGGCGGAGCUCUCUCCCACUUCGUCAGCCUCAUGACCGUCCGCCAGGGAGUACUCCUCUUCACCUUCUCCACCAUCAAGACCGUCUGCGAUCACGGAGGUUACGCUUUCCCCUGGUGGCUGGAUCCCCUGCAUCUAGUCUUCCCCAACUGCGCAGAGUAUCACGAUGUGCAUCAUCAGAUGCAAGGGCUGCGCUUCAACUACUCGCAGCCCUUCUUUGUCCACUUUGAUGUGUUGUUUGGGACUAGGAUAUCGACGGAGAAGUUUGGCAAGAUGCGGGAG